CUCGCAAUACAUACGAAUUCUAGGUUUCAAAAAUUAGAUUUUGGGUUUUGAACUCUUAAUCAUGCCGAGGCAUAAUAGAGAUGAAAAAUUUGUUUUUGAUGACGGAGAAGACGAGGACAGAGAAGAUCCAGUAGCCAUUAAAGUUGUCGAUGGUGAAGAUGAAGAUGAUGAUGAAGCUAAUGAAGAUCUUAGCUUGAAGAUAUUAGAGAAAGCAUUAUCGCGGCGUGAUGUUGGAAACAAGCUUGAUUCUGAUCUCUCUGAUUCUGGUGUAGUAAAUACUGUGAUGGUUAAUGGAGGAAAGUCUAAAGUUAAUAAAUCUGAGAGUAAUAAGAAGAUGAAGAGAAAUAAGCUUGAAGCUGCCCAUGAAUUUCCUAUUGUUUGGAGAGACCAAGAUGAAGAGAAAGUGGUGGAGGAGGUAGUAAAAGGUGAAGGAGAGGAUGAUGAGGUUGAGAGAUCUGAUGAACCGAAAACUGAAGAAACAUCUAGCAAUUUGGUUCUGAAAAAGCUUCUUCGUGGAGCAAGAUACUUUGACCCUCCUGAUGCUGGUUGGGUGAGUUGUUAUAGUUGUGGAGAGCAAGGUCAUACAAGUUUCAAUUGUCCAACUCCUACCAAGCGUAGAAAGCCUUGCUUUAUAUGUGGGAGUUUGGAACAUGGUGCAAAGCAUUGUUCAAAGGGACAUGAUUGUUAUAUAUGCAAAAAAGGUGGACAUCGAGCUAAAGAUUGUCCCGAUAAGUACAAAAACGGGUCUAAAGGAGUUGUAUGUUUAAGAUGUGGAGACUUUGGUCAUGACAUGAUUUUGUGCAAGUAUGAGUACUCUCAGGAAGAUUUGAAGGAUAUACAAUGCUAUGUCUGUAAAAGCUUUGGCCAUCUAUGCUGUGUCGAGCCUGGUAAUUCACCGUCAUGGGCUGUAUCUUGCUACAGAUGUGGUCAACUGGGUCAUACUGGACUGGCAUGUGGUAGACACUACGAAGAAAGAAACGAAAAUGAUUCUUCCAGCUUAAGCUUUCCAGAAAACAACAGGGAAGCCAGUGAAUGCUAUAGGUGUGGGGAAGAAGGGCAUUUCGCACGACAUUUCGCUCGUGAAUGCCCCAAUUCCUCCCAGGUUUCUAAGAGGGACCGUGAUACAUCUACACCAUCACAUAAAUCUCGCAAGAAAAAUAAAGAGAACUCGGAACACGAUUCUACUCCCCAUGAAUCCAAUGGAAAGACGAAGAAGAAGAAGAAGAAAACACAUAAAGAAGAACAGCCCCAGACUUCACCAAGGAAACGAAAACACAGAGGCGGUUGGAUCACAGAGGAACCGGAAGAAGAAUCUUUCCAAAGAGGAAAGAUGAGAAGGCCAAAGUCUCCCAUUACACCAUCGAGUUAUAACAAGUCACACUCUACACAUAUGGGUCAUAACUAUAGAUCGCCAAAAUUCAAUUCUGGUGGGCAUUUCCCGGGAUCUCAGUCUAGUAGGCAUCACUCGGAUCCUUCACCAUCAAGGUGGCAGCCUUCUUAUCCUCCUCAUCAUCAUCAGCAUCAUCAUCAUCAGCAUCAUCAUCAUCAUCAUCAUCAGAAUCAAAGUGAUGGAACUGCACCACCAAGGUAUGGCAGAGCUCACCACAAUGGCGAGUUUGCAGGGAACUAUGAACGGUGGUAAGUACCAAUUGAUAUGGUCAAUCUAUUAUGUUUGCUGGGAUCGAAGGUAGCGUCCCUAGACCUCUUGUAU